CUCUAAAUAAUUGUCAUCGAAUUGAUUGUUAAGCUAUUGUAUUGGUGUCUCAUCAGUUAUAUCGAAAUUGAUUGGAUCAAUUGAUCUUUUUUCGGAUUUUAACAUUUUCUAAAUCUUACAUUGACAAUUGUGUAAAAAUCUUAUUGUUGUUUGCCAUGGAAUUGGAAGCGAUUAGUAAUCCUAUUGCUCCAUCUCAUUUGGAUACGAGUUCUAGUCAAGCAGAAAGUAAAGAUGCUCAUCCUUUGACCAAUGAAGAUUUUAGGAAACUUUUAAUGACCCCCAGAGUUGGAUUGGGCUCAGUUCGAGGUGAUGUUCAUGGUUCGGUGAGAAGCGGACGUAAAAUGACCCUGGUUCCUGAUAAUGAGAAUCGAAAGAAGAAGAAAAAAUUUUAUGCCGCUUUAAAGAAACAAGAAGAUGAUGUUCUAGCUGAGCUGGCGAAAAAGUAUCGAGAUAGAGCAAGGGAAAGACGAGAUGGUGCUAAUCCCGAUUAUCAAAACGAAGAUCCAUUGGCCUCAAUGCCCGCUUAUCGAGCAGUAGCUCCUGAUACAAAAGCAAUCGAUGCAGCCGAACGAAGGAAACAGCUGAUUGAGGAAUCUAAAUUCUUGGGUGGUGACAUGAAACAUACUCAUUUAGUGAAAGGUCUUGAUUAUGCUUUACUUCAUAAAGUGAAAGCUGAAUUAGAGGAUGAAGAUGAAGACGAGGAAGAAGAAUUGGAAGACAAAGACUUUGACAAUGACAAUAUUAAAGACAAAAGAAUCUCAGAAUCUGAAUCUAGAGAAGACGAUUGGACACCCAGAUCAGCAAUGGCCGCAAAUAUAAUCACCUUACUUACCAAGGAAAAGUUACCCCUUCGAAAUGAUCUCUUUCUUCCCGGUCGAAUGGCUUAUACAUUAGAUCUUGAAGAUCCAUUUGUCGAUGAUAUACCAACUACAAUUAUUCGUAGUAAAGCUGAUUUUCCCAAUACCGAUAAUCUUUCACAAUUGAGCACCAAUAAUAUUGUCAUUAAUAAGCUUAUUCAAAUCAUCUCCUACUUGAGACAAGGCGGUGUACCAAAGAGGAAGAAGAAAGAUAAAAGUUCAACGGACAAUUUAGACUAUGGAACAAAAUCAAGAGCAGAGAAAAAGAAGCCAAAUUUUGAUGAUUCUAUUUACGGUGAUAUCGGCGAUUAUGUUCCCUCAUUUGAAAAGAAAGAUUCUCAUCAUCAUGAAUCAUCGUCUUCAUCUUCAUCUAAACGAAAAGAAGAUAAAGUUCAUCGGGAAAAUCGAGUAGAUAAUAGAAGUUCUUACUUUAACAAGCCUGAUUCUCCUGAGAUGACGAAAGAAAUGGAAUCAGCUGAAAUUAAAUCGAGUUUAUCGGCUGCUAUGGUUGCAGCAACAUCGGUACUCGAAUCAAGGGCAAUCAGUAGAUUCAAUUCCAAGAUUGAACAAGAGGCGGUUGAAAGUUAUGCUGAAUGUUAUCCUGGUGCCCCUGAAAAUGACGACGCCAUUUUGGAUAGUGAUGAUGAAGUCGAUUUUACCAAGAUGGAUGUGGGCAGUAAAAAGGCGACCGUUGGCCGUUGGGAUUUUGAUACACAGGAAGAGUAUGGGGAAUACAUGAGUAAAAAAGAGGCUCUACCCAAAGCCGCCUUUCAGUAUGGAGUUAAAAUGGCCGAUGGUCGGAAAACCCGACGUAUACCAACAAAGAAAGAUGAUAAAGCGAAAAUUGAUCGUGAUUUACAAAAGAUAAAUGCCCUUCUCUUUAAACGAAAACCCGAUCAUGGUGAAGGAACAAGUAAUAGUUAUAAUGCUCCCACACCUCGAAUUGACAGAGACCAUAAAAGGAUUAAACAUAAUUAAUUUCUAACUGAUUAACUGAUUGUUCCCUUUCAAUUUAAUCAUGAAUAUUACUCACUUUUCUUGUGAAUUCACUUGAAAAUUGUGAACAUGUCGAAUUCAACUAAUCAUCAACUAUCACAGUUCACUGUAAAUAUCAAUUGAAUGCUAUUGAUAAAUUGCUACGAUUUUCAUCAAUUCCAAUUUCUCAUCUUGAGAUUAACAUUCAUCAUCUAAAUUAACCGAUUUAAUUAUUAAAAAUCAUCGUUAAUGUAAAUUAUUGUUUCCUGUUCAAGUAAGUAUCAAGAUGAGUUUCUUUCAACAAUAUUCAUCCCAAUAAAAGUAAAUGAUAUUAUUAAUCUAGACAAAUUA